AUGAUGAUGUCAACUUCCGGGCCGGCCACGAUCGAGGAAGCCGCGUUGGCAUCCCUCGCUAGCUACUCUCCAGAGGAGUGCCAGAUGGCUGAGGAGGCCCUCCGUGCGGUGUUAAUGGAGAAGGUACAGGCCCUUGCGGCUGAGCAUGGUGAUGCCUUCAUUCAGAGUCUGGUGCAGAAGGAGAUUUUCAGGACAAAGCAGAUGGAGAAGGAGCUGGCGAACGUCAAGAAGAGGCUGGGCGUGCAGGAGCGCGUCGUGGACGACGUGCGAAUGGACAUGCGCAAAGUCAAAGCACAAGAGGAGAAGUCCAAAUAUCUCUGUCACAGCCUGCAGGAGACGGCUAAGAAGCGAGAACAGCUGACAGAGAAGAUGCAGCCCGAGAUGGAAACCUACCGCAGCGGCGUGCGGGAGCGCGUGAACCAGAACGUGCAGGACAUCUGGGCAGAGUGUGAGAAGCGCCGCGAGGUCGUCGAGAAGGUCGAGGCGGAGGUGAAGGAGCUAGAGGUGACGCUGGCGCACAAGAAGGAGUCAUUUGAGCAGAGCUUUGCGGAGUUUCAGGAGGGGCUGAAGGGGCGCAUGGCGCACUACCAGGAGCUCGUUGUCGCCUACCAGGAGGCAACCAAGGAGAUGGAGCGUAUCGAGACACGGCUGGUGCUGGUGCGACGCGAGCGCAACUCGGUGGAGAUGAUGCGGGCAAACCUGCAACAGCAGCUCGAGGUAUACGAGAAGCAGUUUGAAGGGUUCGCCGAGUCUGUCAUGAAGCCGGACGAAGUCAAGGCUCUCGCACAGCGCCAGCAUGAUCAGGCGAAGAUGCGCAUCGCCGAGUUGGAGGCCGAAAAGGCCAAUGUCCAUCAGCAGCGCCUGGAGAUGGACAAGGAGACGACGGACCUGCGCGCCAAGCACGCGUCACUGAAGCGCGAGAUUCAGCAAUUGGAGAAGGCGAAGGCUGCGGCGGAGAAAAAGUGCCGCCAAGCUCAGCAGAGCCGACAGGAAAAGAAGUAG